GCUCGUUACAUGAACACAAUGUUAACAAACCUUUUCAUAGUACUGUAUUAAUGCAAUCAGAAUAAUUCACUUAUGUAGUGCAUGCAUAAUGAAAGUUGCAGUUAUUGGAGCUGGUAUUAAUGGUUUAUCUUCAGCAUACAUUAUAAAAAAAGAGCAUCCAGAAGUUGAUGUGACUGUUUUUGCAGAUAAAUUCACGCCAAACACGACAAGUGACGGAGCUGCUGGUUAUCUUGUGCCAUUGGAUGAUCAUGGCACUCCUCGUGAAACUAUAAAUACUUUAGCAAGAUCCACCUUUCAGCACAUUAACAAAUUACUAGCAUCUUUUGAUUUGUCUGCAACAAUUGGACUCUCAACUGUUCACGGUUACCUUUUGUUUGAACAGGAAGUCCAUGAAUUACCAGAUUGGGCUGAUGUUGUAUAUAAUUAUCAUGUUGUGAAAAAAGAGGAGCUAUAUAGGUUCCCUGCAGCAGUUAAAAGUGCCCAUAGUUUUUCUACAGUCUGUAUAGAGUCAGCAAAAUAUAUUCCAUGGUUAAUGAAAGAAUUUAUGAAGCUUGGUGGGAGACUUGUAAACAAAAAUGUUAAUAAAAUUCUUGAGUUAUUUCAUAAUCAUGACAUUAUUGUUAACUGUGCAGGCCUUGGCGCUAAACAGUUAGCAGAUGAUGACGAGGUAUUUCCAAUCCGUGGGCAAGUAGCACUUGUUAAAGCUCCUUGGAUAAAAGAGUUUUAUUGUUAUUAUGAGGCGGAUGCAUGCAGGUUAAUUCUACCAACUCAGGAAUUCGUGGUGCUAGGUGGAACAUUUGGUGAAAAUGACUAUAAUACUCUUAUUGAUCUCUGUGAUAAAGAAAAAAUAAUGAAAAGUACUCAAGAGAUAAUACCAAGCUUAAAACAUGCGGAGUUUGUAAGAGAUUGGGUAGGUUUACGUCCUGGUCGGAAGGGAAUUCGAUUAGAAGUGCAAGAAUGUAACAACGGAAAGAAAAUUAUUCAUAAUUAUGGACAUACAGCCAGUGGCAUAACUUUGCAUUGGGGGUGUGCUGAAGUAGUCCUUACAUUAUUUGAAAAGAUUCUGAAAGAAUCUUAGUACAGAUUUUUUUACAAAUAUGUACCUUAACUGGUGUAAUUUUUGCUUGGCGCUUAAAAGCUUUGUCAACUUUGGAUUUACAUCAACCAACACAAAUUAUUUACGAUAUUUAA